AUGGGAAACUAGCCACCACCAAAACAAAACUACAAUCCUCUAUAAGAAAAGCAAAAAAUAGAAAUAGCCUGUAUGAAAGUAAAAUAUCAUCUCGAACUCCAAAGAGACCGUCGAUUAUCCUAAGCCAACAAUAAAGAAAAGCAAUUAAUAAU